CUUCUUUUUAAAACUCUUUUGGAAACACUUGGACAAGAAAGAACAAUUUCGCGAUCAAGAAUUUGCGCAACCUAGAUUCUAUUCAUAUUGUGAAAUCAAAUCUCACCAAUUCAUUUUUUAUUUUCAAAUAAAUACUUAGUAUAUAUAUUUUAACAAGGCGUCUUCCUGGAUUAUUAUUUAUUUGUAAUAUUGUCCUGGAAUAUUUGGUUUUUCAAGGAAACUCGGGUUACAAAUUGGGGGCUCGUCCGGGAAUUCGUCUUGUAUAUUUACACAAUUCAUUCUUUGGUAUUAUAGUGUAUUUAAGAGUUUUAUUUAUUUCUAUUUAGCUGUAUUAAGAGCCAAGAUGUCAAAAUUAGUAGAAUAUGCAACUGAUUGGGCCAAUAGUGUAAGUUACCCCAUUGAUAAAUGUAUUUUACUUUUAGCACCAAGAACAAAAAUGGCUACUUCUAGGCUGUUUAUAAAGUUGUGUGCUGCUUUGCCAGUGGAGGAGGUCAAGAGAAGGAAUGAGGUCGAUAGGCAUGAUUUACAGAAAACUUUCGUUCUCGCCAGACUUUCUGUGAAGACAAUUGAUUUAACCAUUCCUGAAACCAUUGAAGUCUCUGAAAAGAGUGACCUUAUUGAAUUCACCCCUAUUAUAAUCACAGCCAAUCCUCAACCAGGGCCGUCCACAUCCACUGCCCCAUCCAAUCAAACUCUGGCAUCAUCUCAGAAAGAGCUACUAGAUGUGGCACGUUUGUCCAUAAGUUAUAGAAAGUUAAGGGUAUUUUCUGGGAGCACCGUGCACGGAAAAGACGAGGAUCCAUAUCAUGUGUGGAAAACACAGGCAAAAGCCCUCAUAGAAGAAGCUGAAACCGAGGUGUCGCAAGCUGAAAAGCGAAGACGACUAAGGGAGGCGCUGCGCUCUCCUGCCCUAGAAGUAAUCGACGACCUGCGGAGAGAAAAUCCAUCAGCUACGGCGAAGGACUAUCUCCAAGCCCUAGAGGUAGUGUAUGGAUCUACACUGACAGGUGAAGAGUUGUUCCACCAAUUCUUUGCCAUUGAACAAAAAGCAGGGGAGACACCCUCUCACUACCUAAGUCGUCUACAGGGAGCCCUGAGACAUGUUCUGCAGAAGGGUGGUAUUCCAGAAGAUAAGAUGAAUGCUGUAAUACUAAAACAGUUCAUUCGAGGAAUCAUCUAUGAGCCACUGCUGCUAGUAGACCUCCGUUUAAGAGAGCUUCACGAAACACCACCAACAUACCUGACUCUACUAGGUAAAGUCAGGCGAUGGGAGGAAGAGACGUCAAAUAAACAAGAAAAGGCUAAGGGUCAAAGCCGAAAUUCUGUUGCAGCAGCACAUACUGUCAGCAACAAUGAUUUAGCAGAAAGGAUGAGCAAAAUCGAAAAGAUGUUGAAACAUUCUACAUUAGGUAACGCUCAUGUAAAUCAACAACAACAAAGUCAGCCGCCUCCAAGUAGAGAACGGCGAACCAACCAAAGCUUGGAUCUUCCGAGGUUUUGCUACAACUGUGGUCAAGAUGGACAUAUGAAGCGUAGUUGUGCAAACCAAGCAAAUGCGGCGUUAGUGAAUGGAAAACUAAUUAGUCAUCUUCACCAGCAGGGAAACGCCAAGGGACAUCUGAGAAGGGGCAAACAGAUGUCGAACAAGCAGGAUUAGCCCCACCCUUAGGUGACAUUCCUCUGGGACUGGUGGG